AUGUCUUCCCGCAACAAAGAACACGAGAUCCCAGGUCAGCCCGACGCCCAUGGAGAGGUGUCAGCAACAUCGCCUGGUGUCGUGGUAGCAUCUGGCGAACUAGCAUCCCCAGCUGAACAACCGCCAGCGCAGUCUAUCGGAGCCGCAGCUGCAGACGCCCACACACGAAGCCAAUCUGCCGGCUCGAAGAGCGGGCUACAGCGUUUUGAUCAUGGGGACCGAGACCAUAGAUCUAAGUAUCCUAAGGACACCUCACAAGGUUCCGGCCUGCUCGAGAGGGAAGCCAAUGAGGCAGAUGCCAUCAAUGAGUCGAUGCCAUCUUCCAUCGCAACCCUGAAACCGACGACAACAACUGCAGUCCCAGGGCCGUAUCUUAGCGUCGAACUGAGCGCUUCCUUGGUUGACCCAGCUUCUUUAAGUCCUGCUUCGUCCCGUCCCCCAUCACGGACCUCGGGUCCCCGGUCGAGGAACGCAUCUACAACACCUUCUCCAACGAGAUCCGAUGCUGCCUUCGAUGAUAGGAGAUAUGCUAGCGAAGAUGAGCAAGAACGCGGGUCUAAAACCGAAAUUCAGAGCAUCAUGGAGCAGUUCAACGAGGCUGGCGGCGGUCCUGGCAUCGAGGAGGUUAUGAGCCCGCGAUUAGAGAUAGCAUCGCCGCGCUUGAGCGGUCCUGUUCAGCACCCUCCGCGUAAGUCAAGUUUGGAGCCUCUUGCUCCAAGUAUUACCCAACAGCUCCAAGAGAUGGAAGGUCUAUCCAUAUCAACUCCGUCGCCGUCAUCGUCAAGCCUUAAUUUGAAAGAAAAAGAGCCUGAGGAACGUCGUCCCCCUGUCCCUCCUAAAGAUGAUCAAGUGCGCCACAGGGCUCCGGGCCCUGUACGGCAUAAUUCGCAAAGUACUACAGACCUUCCCAUGUCUCCAAUCGCCUCCUUACACCGUCCACCUCCUCCCGAGCCCGAGCCCGAGCCAGCGCUGCCCUUUGACUUCCACAGGUUCCUUGAGCAGCUACGCAACAAGAAGGCCGAUCCUAUCGCCAGGUACCUCAAAUCAUUCUUGACGGAGUUUGGAAAGCGACAGUGGAUGGUUCAUGAGCAAGUCAAGAUCAUCAGCGACUUUCUUGCUUUCAUUUCCAACAAAAUGGCACAGUGCGAGGUCUGGAGGAACGUGUCCGACGCUGAGUUUGACAAUGCACGAGAGGGAAUGGAGAAGCUCGUCAUGAACCGGCUUUACACACAAACCUUUUCCCCCGCAAUCCCACCACCUCAGCCGAUCCCGGGGAUAAGGCCCAAGAAAAAGGGUGGGGAGAGACCUAUGGGCCCGGGCCGUCGAGGACAGCACCAGGAGGACGUUGAACGGGAUGAGGUUCUCGCUCAAAAAAUCAGUAUCUACAACUGGGUGAAAGAGGAGCAUCUCGAUAUCCCCCCAGUUGGUGAAGGUGGGAAACGGUUCCUUAAACUUGCACAACAAGAACUUCUCAAAAUAAACUCUUAUCGCCUUUUGAAGCAUACCAAAUCAGACCUUUCGGCCGACUCAUUUAUGCCACUUCUCAUAUAUGUCGUGCUGAAAGCCAACCCAGACAAUCUCGUUUCGAAUGUUCAGUACAUCUUGAGAUUCCGGAACCAAGAAAAGCUCGGCGGCGAGGCCGGCUACUACCUCUCGUCACUAAUGGGUGCUAUCCAGUUUAUUGAGAAUAUGGAUCGCACAACUUUGACCAUUUCAGACGAAGAGUUUGAGCGAAAUGUUGAAGCGGCUGUUUCUGCCAUCGCCGAGAAGCAUCGCGCAGAGUCCCCGCCCCCUCCUCCUCCGGAGAAGUCGACCCCCCUGAGGCCGGCCUCAGCUCGACCAUCCGCCGAUGUCGACCGCCCUGCGAGGCCCCGUCGGUCCAGCUCGUCCAAUGAUGCCCGAGACAGCGGUGAGCAUAGCAGCAGUGAAGAGAGACCUGCCAUCGCCGGCCUUCUCCGGACUAUUCAGAAACCUCUGAGCACAAUUGGUCGUAUAUUCUCUGAUGAGCCAUCGCUAUCUUCACCCCAAUUUCCCAGUCACGGCACUAGUUAUCCCAUCGAAAGUGGUCCGAGUGUAAUGGCCACUCCAGUACGUACGCCACAACCGGAAGGGCCACGCUCGAACGACCGGCGUUCAGAGCCUCAAACGCGGCAACGUAUGCUAGUUGAAGAGGCUGCCGCACGUCAAGCGAGUGCGGAGGCAGAGGAAGCGCGACGUUUACACCAGGUCGAACAUGCUAACAUUGUCGAUACGCUGGCGAGCAUGUUCCCCGAUCUCGAUAGGGACGUCAUCAGCGAUGUGGUGCACCAAAAACAGGGAAGGGUUGGACAAGCGGUUGAUGCGUGUCUCGCAUUAUCCGCAUAG